AUGGUGUUAAAACCAUUAGAGUUUUCUCAUUGUAUAACCGAUUCCCCUUGGUUCCGACAAAGUCUCCGCGAGCACGAACAAACUCUAGAAGAUGCGAAUAAAAACAUCAAGAACAUUGAAAACCAUUGCAGAGAACUUCUUUCUUGUACAAAAAGUAAGAAAAUCCUUUUUUUAAAUAAAUUUAAAAAAAAAAAAAAGUUUGCCGAAAAAAAAAUUCAGAUUUAUAGAGUUUUCACUUUGAGAGUUCUGAAAUUAUACUUGACUUUUUUUGCAGAACUAUCGCAGGCACAACGGUCUUUCGCCAAAUCUUUGAGCGAAUUCGAUAUCGAAACCGUCGGGACCAACCAAACCGACGACGAACGUGUUAUAGGUUUUAUUUGUCGGAAUUUAAUCAUCUCUUAAAGUUUAUUUUCUUUAUUUCUUUUCCCCCUUUUUUUUCACGAUAUGGUGCUUUCAGAUUCUCUCAUUCAGUUUUUUUCUUGAACUCAAAAUUGAAUCUCGACUUUUUUUUUCAAAUUUUUUUAUUUCUGAAUGAAAAACUGAACUUGUUUAUCAAAGAAAUUGUUCUGAAUCAAAGUUAUGAAUUUUUGUUUUUAUUGAAGAAUCUUAUCAAUUCAUAAAUACAAUUUUAAAUCCCAAAGUAUCAUAAUUCGCUCAAGUCGGAAAUAUAUGAAUGCUUUUUUUAUGAGAUUCUAUUUUAUGAGACAUCCGAGCCUUCAUUCUAUUUACUCAAGUUUUUUUAGGGACGUGCUUGAAGGAGUUCGCAAAACUCAUCAAUCAGGUGGAAGAAGAACGUAUGAAAAAUGCUGAGCCAAGCCGAAGAGCAGUACCUGGAGCCUUUGAAAAAAAGUAUUUAUUCUCUUUUUUUAUUUUUUUCUGAAGGUAUUUUUUUGUCGAAAAAUUUCACAAAAAAAGUCUACAAUUCUGCUUCAAAAUCGUAUUAAAGUUAGUUAUUUGCUGGCAAAAAAUUAUUUGGUCUAUUUUUCGUGGUGUAAAUUUUUAAAUGUUGUAAAAAAAUUAUUAGUUCUUCAACUAGAUUUCUUCCAUUUUUCGAAAUUGAAUUAUUUCUCAUUCAAAUGAAGUCAGUGAUAAGAGAAAAAAACCUUGUUUCGACAGUGUUAGGCCAGAAGUGUACGAUGUGAAAAGUCAAAAAGUCAGUUUCAUGGAGUAUUAUCGUCUUGAAAGGUUCAAAAAUCUAAAAUAUAGCGCUGGAUACUCGGAAGAGCAUGUAUCUUUUAGUUUUACUCACAAUCACAGCAGCCGGAAACCUAACUCAUAUGCAGGUUCCGAACGGAGGCUCUGGGAAAGACUUUGAACGAGGAAAAGCGGAAAUACGAGAAAGAGAGCAGCAAAUUUUACUCGAGUCUUGAGAAGCACUUGCACCUGAGUACCGUUCGUUUUUUUCUUCUCGGUUACAGAGCUGUUUCAGAAUAUCUGUUUUUUUGAAUUCACUGCACGUUUGCAAAGAAAAAAAAUGAAUAUUAAAAAAAAUUACGUUUUUAUAAAUAGUGAUUUUUUUGAAUAUUUUAGCUGCGAAAAAACGAUUUCCGAGAAGCCGAUGCUAAUCUGGACAUUCAGCAGUACAAUUUCUGGAAUGCAUCUCUUCAGGCAACUUUUUAUGUUUAGAAUGCGAACUUUACCGAUUUUCAGUACGUUUCUGAGAUCCAAUCAGUUCAAGAACGGAUGAAAUUCGAGUUUGUCGAGACUCUCAGUUCUUUUUUGUACUCUUGGCUCACCUUUUAUCACGUCGGUAAGAUUUUUCGCCCUGUUUCGCUUUCUAAACCGACUGUUUUCCAGGACAUGUGAUCCACGAAGAUUUCAAGCCUUUCUUAGACAAUGUUCAAGUAAAAGUACAAAAAGUUAGUUUAUUCAUUUUAGCGGAGAAACCUGAUGGGUUUUUCUUCCAGACACGAGAAAGCUAUCAAGCAACGAUAGCAGAAGCCGAAGGGCUCAAAGAGAAAAUCCUGAAAAGCCAUGCGAAAUCGGUUCGUUCUCAUCGUAAAGUUGGAAAGGAGUUCAGAAAAGUAAAAAACGCAAAUAACAUAUUCCCUUUUUUGCUAAAUGGUUUUUUGUCGUGAAAAUUAUUCGUGGUUUUGACUUUUGAGUUUUCAGAUAUAGAAAAUCACAGAGUUUCGUUCUCUCACGGAUUUUUAUUGAAUAUCAGUUAAAAAUAUCUCCAUCCAUCGUUUAUUUUUCUUCUGAAGGCUAUGAAUAUAUAACGUCAACAAAAAAUGAAAGACAACUGAAAAGGUACGUAAAGAAAAAUCGGUAACAUUUUCCGGCUUUUGAUGCAUUUAAUUUCGAAGCUUUUCAACAUGCUGAUAGCUUCUGGCACUCUGUAUGUGCUCACUUUUUUUCUAUAGCUCAUAUUUGGCGAAAAAAUAUGAACACCUUCGGAAGCAUGUAUAUUUUGCAAGAAAAUGUGCCGAUAAUCUGCGGAACUCGGUUUUUUGCUUCAUUUUCUUUGGAGUUUUUGAAAGUGCAUUAUGCUCCUGGUGGGGAAAAAGUUUCGUUUCGAUUUGUUAACAAAAAUGUAAAUGACACUACUUAAGAAACUUUUUCAUUUCUGUAGUUGAUGCCAUUUUUCAGCAUCCGUCAAAAUUAUUCAUUUUUUCAGGGAUCUUCUGCAACCAUGAAACAAGGCUACGUCUAUCUCCAAGAAAAAAGCAAAAUUCCCAGCAAGUUUUAAUUUCAACUAAAAAGAAAUUUUAAUUACUUUAAAACUGGAAAGGAGAAAGAAGCAUAUAAAAAGGCGUGAAAAGGAGAUUGUUAUACUCGUCCUCAGAUUUAUAUCAAUUUAGUUUUUCCAAGUAAUAAUUUUCAGAUCCAAGCGCUUGCCAUUUUUAGUUAUGAAAAAGGAUGAAAAUUUUUUUAGUGGUACUCGCUUGUUGCAUUUAUCCGAGAAGAUGACCUUUCUUUUGAAAUUCUCAGCAUAGGUCAUGAGGAUUUUUCGUUCAAAGAUAUGACAGGUAUCAUAUUUCAAAAGUUGACUAAAGAGGCGAGGAAAGGUUUUAACCUUUAUGAAUGCGUAAAUCAAAGUUAAUCAGUUACUUUUUUCUCCAAACUCUGCUGUUUUUGAUCUUUUUCUUUCCUAGAAACUAUUGGAAGAGACGUUCUGGUGAAAUGGACCAAGUAUUAUUGCGUUUUUUCCAAGGAAACUCGUCUCUUCACGAUGAUCGCCGCAAAAACAGUGAGAAUGAAAUCGAUGAAUUUCUCGAUGAAACUGAGUUCUCAGGACACCAAAAAUGCUUUGGGACAGUCCGUAUCUUUCAAGUUCAAAGAGUGUGCCAAGAGAUCUUCCGAUAGCAUUGACAAGAGGUUUUUUACUUUUACAAGAUUCUUUUUCAGUAUGACUUUUGGAAUUUUUCAUAACUUUGCUCACAAACUCUCAAGGUUUAGACGAAUCUUCCGAAUAUCGUUAUCAGCAACAUUUUUUUUUCGAAUAUUGAGGUUUAAAAUCCACGUUUAACAACAUUAAGGCCUGCAACAGAUAUUUUGCAACUUUGAGAGUUCAAAUCUCUGUGAAAGAAAAUUUGUGCUGGUAGCGACUAUGAGCAAUCUUCAUCUGAACCUUCGAUGAGAAUUUCGGCAGAUUUUUUGAAUUUUCCACUCACGUUCAAAUUACCUCCCUCUGUCACCAUAAAAGUGCGUUUAUUUUUAUUUUUUUCAAAGAUCAGAGACGAAAAUAAUCUGUUUUUCUGUAAAUCUGGGUUAUUUUUUUUUCUGUUUCUUUCUAUGACGAAAGAAAGGAACCUAUCUGCCAUUUGAACAUUUUGAAACCAAAUAAAUUUUUAAAAAUAGAUUUUUCAUUCAUUUGCAACUUUUCUUCUCAGCUUUUUUUCUCCAGUUCAUAAAGUUUUCAGCUAUAAAAAAGGAAAGAAAAAAGAUCAAAUUUUUAUGCAUAGUGCCUCGAAUACAAGGUAUGAUCGUGGGUUUUGGUUAAUAAAGUAAGCUUCUUUUUUGUCAUUGUGAGAUCCAACCUCAUUGAACUUCACAAUGAAAUGACUUUUCGUGUUAUUUAUGCCAGAAAUAAUCAAGGAAGUUGAAAAACAAGAGAUUCACUUGAAAUGAGACUUUUGGAGCAUUGAAAGACCCGCUUCGGAUAUUUAGCGAUUCUCGAUUUAUAUGAUCAGAAAAUUUUCUUAUUUUUUCGAAAUCUUCAUAUUAAAACAGUUCGAACUUGAACUUCUCAAUGGAAAGCUUCAUGACUCAAAAUGAGGGUCGUUCGAACUUCAUAGAAGUUUUACCUAUUCGGAAGAAAAUAGAGAGGUGUUUCUCAGAUUCUGUUUCGACGUGGUGGCGGAAGAGCGGAGCGACGUGAUGACAUUCCAGGCGCUGUCCGAAGAAGACCUCCGCGAAUGGGUCGACGCGAUGGACGGCGGCAAAACUUCGGUAUGUUCUGUUCGCGUACGGAAAUCGUCCCACCACAACCAAACUUCCUAUUUUUGUGACUUUGAAGUUUAUUUACUAAACCUUUUACUACUUUCAAAUAGAAUAUGAAGACAUAUGGAAACCAAGAAAUUAGAACGUAUGCUUUGAAUAUUUUUUUCAUUUCCAGGUCUUCUCUACGGCGCGGAACCCUUCGUGUAGCAGUUAUCAGCAAAGUUUGUUUUAUUUUCAUAAAUCUCUAUUUUUUCUCUUGCGCCUCCUUGUAGGUAUAGUCGAUGUGCCACGACUUGAAAUUUCAUGGAACGACACUCCGUUGGGUGGCCGUGGCCGUGAAAGCGCCUUGCCUUUGCGAAUUUCGGUCGCGCUUUCCAUUUUUUUGUUUUAUUCGAAAUUUUCAUUAUUUUAAUUAUGUUUUAAUAGUUUUCUUCGCGCCAAAAUCAUAAUUAUCUUUUCUAGAGGAUAGACUGUUUCAUUGAUAAAAAAAUAAAGUAGAGUAAUUUUUCGAAUUUUAAGCGAAAAAAUGCGUUUAUAAUAUUUGAAAGUUUUUCAUGAGAUGGUCUUUGGUUUUGUUCAAUAUAUUCCGUUAUUUUACCUUCAUUGAGCCUUUAUCGACAUUUCUUUUUUCAUUUCAAAUCAUGUAAAAAAUAUCCCAAUCAGAAAUAAAAUACACAGUGAAUGAUUUUUAAAAAAAAUUGAAUGUUUCUACAUUGACGAAUUUUUAUUUAAAAAAAACAGAUACAUAAGUUCAAAGGAAAAAUUAUUAGUUUUCUGGACAUUUCGUUCAGCACAUCGUUUCCACUAUUCCAUGUGCCCACUGUUCACGCCCCAUUCCUGA